CAGUGUGUGUUGGCUAUACUGACAUCUUUAGUUUUGUAAUUUGACAGUAUUGCGCGCGUAAAAUAUGAGUUACGUAGGGAAUGUGUGUUAACAAGAGUGACAUAAUUUGCCAUUUUAUCCAUAUAUAAACUGGUCACAAUGUCGAAUGAACAAAACAGGGUUCGCACUGUGCCAGUGUGGCUUUCUAAAAAGGGGAAUGAUGAAAUACAGGAAGCAGAAUUUCUUCGUUUUAAAGGAGAGAUAAACUACUGUGCAACCGUAGGUGACUGUGGGAUGGCUUGUGAAAGUCUUAUGGAAAUGCUGACAAGUCUAGAUGAAAUGGUUGUUGGGUUUGACAUGGAGUGGCCUGUAAAUAGCAAAACAGGGAGUGGGAAAACAUCACUUAUACAGAUUUGUCAUGAUGAAAAUGUGUGCCACUUAUUUCAUGUCAGCCAGAUGAGAAAUAUUCCUGUGGCUCUAGUACAUUUCCUUAAUCACCCUAAAGUAAGAUUGGCUGGACUCAACAUUAAGAGUGAUCUGUGGAAACUAAUUCGUGAUUUUCCCAUUAAGUUCCAAAGCAUGGAUGAAAUGAAAAUAAUAGAUUUGGGUGUCCUGGCAAAUAAGGUUUUAAAUUGUUCGCAGAGAUGGAGUCUAGAAAGACUUGUGAGAUAUGUGCUUCGCAAAAAUUUGGACAAAAAUGAUGCUGUAAGAAAGAGCAAUUGGCAGCUUGAGUUGCUGUCAGAAGAGCAAAAGCACUAUGCUGCUGCAGAUGCUUUGAUCACAAACUACAAGAAAAUAGCAAAUAAAUAAAAACUCUCCCGAAGAGGUUGAUUCCAAUUUAGGCACAGUUGGUAUCAGAUGCCAUGAGGGUAACUGCGGCAUGCCCAUUCAUUGUUGGCAAUAUUUAAAGUGGCUCACAUCGUGUCUAAAGGAUUGGUAGAGACCUGGCCAGUGAUACCUGCAUCUGAUUCUGCUUAGAGUUUUCACAAAUCCCAGGUGACCACAUUUUGGAGCAUCAUGGAAAAACUUCAGGGUAGCUAGCUGUAGAUGAGCUGGGAUGAUGAGCAACCAUUUCCGCCUCAUUGGUUCAUAGUUUCUCGUAUUCAAUGUUUCAUGUAUUAAUUGGAAUUCUUUGAUCAGUUCCUUUUUCAAGGCUUCAGAGGUUUCCAGCAAUGCUGGAUCUUCCCUCUGUUCAGCACCAGUGUCAUUUAAUGCAGUAACGACUGAGAUUUCAUUCACAGUGCUGUGUUCUGCCAAAGGAUUCCUCAAAAGACAUUCAGCGUCUUUGUUUGCAUCCAUUUUUGUAUAUCACUCUGAUGACGUACUCGUGGAGCCUCAUCAGUCAUCUUGCCAGUCGAUCUGCUGGACAGACAGCUUGUUAGUUGUCAACCCAUGCAUAAAUCAGCACACUGGUGGCAGCUUAGUUGGUAGGUAACAUGGCUGUUUUCACAAAUGGCCUUGCCCUUGAUAGGGUAGGAGAUUCUAAAUUAUUUCAGUAAUCUACAUGAGAAAAUCAAAUUUACAGUGGAAUAAGAGCAAAAUAAAAGCAUCAGCUUUCUGGACCUAAAUAUUACGCGACAUAACAAAACAUGCUCAUUCAAAAUUUGUAGGAAAAACACAAUGACUGACACCACAAUCCCUGCAACCUUCAUGUCACCCAAAUAUCCAUAAAGAGGCAGCAUACAGGUCAGUGCUACAUAGGGCAACUAAAAUACCAUUGAACCAAG